ACCUUCCUCAGGGAAACUCUCAGGUGAGCAGCAGUGCGGGAAAAGGGGAGUGGGGAAGAGAAGGGGCGGAAGUCCGACCCCAUGUCCUGCUGGUGGACUCCAAAUUAUUGGCAUCUCUGCCUGCACAGCGUCGUAGGCGUUGUGUAUUUGUACAAAACUCGAUCGAUCCUCGAUGAGAUUGGACAUUUGGUGGCAGACAAGAUCAAUCUGAUUUGAAGAGCAGAUGCUUGAGGAAAAGAGGUCAGGAUGGCUAUGAGGCGGUGGGUCGGUUGGGCGCGUGAAGUCGUACGCUUAAUGCGAGGCUUGCCUGAUGAAGAUCUUCAACGUCGAAAUUUGGCUAUGCAUGAACAGCUGAUUCGCCUUCGUAAGCAUCGUCUCGCUCAAGAGGAGCUGCGGGAGAAAUCAGCAUUGAAUGACAUUCGAAAAAUUGUGGAGGAGAUGAAAGCACUUGAGGCCAAUCUGGUGGAGGCGGAGAAAGCAACUGCUGAGUAUGUGGAAAGCUUAGCUGAACAAGCCAAAGCUCAGAUGGAAUCCGACUUGAAUGCCGAGGCGGAUAUAAUCAUAGAAAAGGUAAUCAAGCAGACUUCGAUUCCAGGCGCGCAAGACUUCUCAAAAUCAUUAAAGUCAGAAGGAAGUUGUGGGAGCGCCAGCACCACAGGUGCGACAGAAGGAAAAUCCGUCCCUUGAGGUGGGGUCUUUUGACAUCCGAAUACAAUUGUUGCUCUGAAAAAGCCAUUGAGGCAUUCAGCAAUAUUGAGCUUGUAAUCUAGUGCGGCAGAAGAGCGCAAAGCUCUGCUUUCUACAUUCCAUGUACGUCUUUGUUUAGGGAAAGCAUCGCCACAGGAAUUUGAUGCACGUCAAAUUCAAGAUGCGCUGGUCAAGCAGAUGGAGAGCGCCAGCUCAAAUCUGAUGCUCAAUUUUUGUUCAAGGGGUAAUCGCACGGUGGAACAUUCAUUCAUGAAAAUCAGGCACGGAGAGUUCAGCCUGCGUUGUGGAGGGAGUGAUGUUUGUUGAUUUCCAUUUGCUGACUAAGAGCUUUAGUUCUCUGGUUGUCUUCAAAGCAAGUGCAUUUUAAAUGGACUUGGAGAGUGCAGCUAGUCAGUGUGAGGUAGGUACGCACAACAAGAUACAACCAAUUCUACAGAGGCUGUAACUUCCUGCUCUUGAGUGCCUUGGAGGUUGUUUGACAUUCAUUUGUCAUGCGGAGGUGAAGUUGGCCUAUGUAAGUCUUCAAGUUGGAGAUGGUUAAAAUGAUCGCGGAAAACUUUUCCGAAGGAGGAUUUAUUUGCAAGUUUUGUGUAAGUGGUGUCAAUCCUGCAUUAAGUUCUUCAGUUUUAUCGGAUCAGUUUUACAGUCAAAGUUUGCAGUAGGAAUCUUUCUAAAUUGUGCACCUUACGAGUUGCGGAAGUGUGAAGAUAGUAGAGAAUAAGAGUCAAUAUUUGCAAAUAAGUGAGUUCAUUUUUGGAGCAGAGUAGAAGAGUUGAAACGACAAAACUUCUGCUAAGGGCAUUGUUAAAGGAAGGAAGUUAAGGAAGUUAUAAACACACCUUGAAGUCUGUUUGGUGAUCGGAAACUCCUUACUGACAUGUCAUGGCUGAACUAACUGAAGUCAAAACGGAGCGAGGCUAUUUCCACUUUCAAAAAGAUUUUGCUGGAUUUCUGGAAGUUCAUCCUUUUUGUUCAGAGAUGUAAAUAGCGCAGUGGACUGGAGGAGCGUGGUUUUUUUCUCUAAGUGUAGCAAUCUGAAGCCAG